AUGGUCGGCUCUUUCGUCUUUGCACUCACGUACCUCCUGGGCGGCAUCACCUUCCUCCCGCUCUGCCUCGCCGUCCUCCUCGCCUUCUUGUACUACACCUCGCCCGUCGUCCGCGUUCCUCGAAAGACCGGCAUUCCCGACCGCGCGGCGAAAUCGCACUCGACCGCUUCGGGCGAACAGGAAGACGAGGUUGAACCGAUCAACGUCUACCGCGCAGGAUGGCUUACCGUUCGACGGACGUAUGAACCGCUGAAGGUCGGGAACGACGGGACAUAUGUCGGGAUGCUCGCCUCGGGCUACCGCUCCUUCAUGGACAACCGCUCUCGAGAUCCUCGACGCUCGAAACCAAAGGACCGCUUCUUUGCCGUUUUGAAGCAAAAUAUCCUCUUCCUGUACGAGGGCGAAGACCAGAACGAGUGUUGGGCGGCUAUCGAGGUGUCGGCGCAUGACAUCGUCAUCUUCCCCGAGGGCAACAUCGAUGGCGAGUUGUAUGUCAAGCGGACGGCGAUCCAGCUCAAGCCGCGUCGGACGGAGGAAGAAGCGGAGGAUGCGACGAGCCCGACGGGACAUGCGCAGUCGGAGGAGACGGCUUACGACCUCGAGACGGGGAGGCCGCUACCUUGGUUCAUCUUUGCCAAGGUCAACUCUGACAAGGAGGAUUGGUACCACUCCCUCCAGCUCGCUUCCCGCCUCGGCAAUCCUCCCGCAACGACCAGCAUCGCCCGCGACCGCGCCCUCUUCGACUCGGAAGACAUGGCCCGCCUCGUCGAAGCGAUCGACGCCCAGCCCGACUCGAUCCCGAUGCGCUGGUUUAACGCGCUGAUCGGCCGCAUCUUCCUCUCCGUCAACCGCACCUCGUCUCUCGAGAACUACAUUACCUCACGCAUUGUCCGCAAGCUCAAGCGCGUCAAGCUCCCUUCGAUGCUUUCCGAGAUCCAGGUUCGCGAAGUCAACGUCGGCGCGUCGGUUCCGCUGUUCAGCAAGCCGAUGCUGAAGGACUUGACGGCCGAAGGCGACGCGAGUAUGGAAGUGCACGUCGCGUACGUCGGCGAGGCGCGCGUAACGAUCGAGACUGAAGCGACUGUCUCGCUCAGCUCGCGCUUCAAGCCCUACACCGUUCGACUCGUCCUUGCCGUCGUCCUCAAGGAACUCGAGGGCACCAUGCUCGUCAAGAUGAAACGGCCGCCCAGCAACCGUAUCUGGUUUGGUUUCACCCAGAUGCCGAAGAUGGUCUUGUCCGUCGAGCCGGUCGUCAGCGCGAGGCAGAUCAAGUGGUCGAUGGUCACAGGUCCAAUCGAGUCGCGCAUCCGCGAGCUGAUCAUGGAGUCGAUCGUCGUCCCGCACAUGGACGACCUCUCGUUCUUCUCGACUCUCGCCGAGCCUCUCUUCCGCGGCGGCAUCUACGGCGCCUUUCUCCGCGCCGACAAGUCGACCGCUUCAGCAGACGAGCUUGAUGCCCCAUCCGACAAGAAGAACGAAGUCGACCCUUCGACAGACGGGCCGGCCGAGGAGGACUUGGUCGGCGAAGCGACGCCGAGUGUCAGCAAGGGGAACGAGGUGAGGGAGGCGGUAUCGAGCGCGACAAAGGAGAGCGGAGCGCAGCUUCGUGCUGCUGCGAUGCGGAGACGGCGUUCGAGCGAAGGAGACCGGCCGCUCGACCUCACACCCAUGUCGACAUCUCCCGCUGCGACACCCUCAGCGAGCGCUCCUCGCUCGCCUUCUUCUGCUUCGUCGAGCGUAACGGGCCUCGCGGGACUGAGCGCGAGUCUCGCGAGCUGGAGGGAAAAGAACAGCAGUUCAACGUCGAUGAACGGGUCGAGCGGGACAAGCACGUCUCGCACGACCACAAGGUGGUUCAGCAAGUCCUCAACGCCGGUUCCCUCCACCUCUUCCGCCAGCACGACUCCCGCUCCUUCCGUCCGUACCAACGACUCGACAGACUCGAUCGCCUCCGCCUCGUCCGCUACGACCGCGACCGGCGAGACGUCCGCGCCUCCGCAUCCUGAGGUCUCAGCGAGUCAGCUAAGGGAUAUCUUGGCAAAGCGGGCGGAGGAGCGGGAUCGCGAGAGGGAGAAGGAGCGCGAGAAGGCGGCGGCUGUGGCGGCGGCGACUCCGAAAUCGCCAGCGCUCCCGAACCGUCCGUCCUUCGUCAAGGCUCUCCCGACGCCCCCGCCAGCUUCACCCGCCGCGUCCACCACCUCCCGCGACGCUUCUCUCGCCGCCCCUCCUCCUCUUCCUCGCCGUCAUUCCCCCUCUGCUUCCGUCGACUCCGCCUCCACCUCGACUACCGCCUCCACCGCCUCCUCCCUCCUCGCUUCCUGGCGCACCAAAGUCCCUACCUCAGCCACCGAGCGUUCCGAAGCCCUCUCAGCCGCAAAGGAGAGCAUGAAGCGCUGGGGCGCGAAUUGGGCUGCGAAGCGGGCGCAGGCGCAGCAGGAGAAGGAGGAGCGCGCGAAGAGGGUCGAGGAUUCCGAUAGGCCUGUUGGGGAGAGUCCGGAGAAGGAGCGUGGUGGGAGUGCGGGGGCAGGCGAGGGGAAUGGUGGUGGGUAUAGGGACUAUAGGAAGGGGAAGAGCGUGUCGAGUGGAAGAGGGGGAGGGGGGAUUGCGGAUUACUUUGGGACGAAUGGCAGCUCCGACUCGCUCGUCUCGCCCAAGACGCCUCCUCGCUCUAUCCCUCGCGCCUCAGUGACCGCCGCCUCCACACAUCCUGCAGGGCAGCUCUCGUCAUCCGCGUCGUCCACCUCGUCUGGCCACUUUGCCCCCUCCUCUCCUUCCGCCUCGACCGCUCUCUCCACCUCCUCCGCACUCGCCAACUCCUCACCCUCGACAUCUCCGGCGAAACCUUCGAUGCUCGCUAGCGGACCGCCAACGAUGAGUGCGGGAGCAGGGUACGGACGGAGGAUGAUGACGCUUCCUGGGAUCAGAGACGAGGAUAAGAGGAAGAAGGUUAGCGAGGAUCAUCUUGGUGGCGGGGCGGCGGCGCUGGCUGCCUCUGAGGGCGAGAAGGCGAAUAAGGCGGAGACGGAGGGACCGGAGGUGAAGGAGGAGGCGACCUCCGCAAGUGGAACUCCUCCGGUCGAGACGUCCGCCGAAUCAGCCGUCGCAAGCGAGUCGUCUUUGCCGGCCGAGGACGCGGAGACAGAGCGGGCGGACGUCGCUUCCACCGCUUCAACUGUCGAAGAACCGCAAUUUGCUGUCGACGAGCCGGUCUCGUCCUCCACGACUGCCGAGCCACCCGCACUUCCUCCUCGCGACUCCCAGCCGAUCUCUCCUGUUGUCGAAGCCGACGUCCCAGCCGCUCCGCCUCUCCCACCGCGCAAGGACGCCGUCGACCCGCCUAAGGAGGUUGAGAAGGCUGCGCCGUUCGCCAUCGAGCGGGACUCGACCGCGAAGAAUGUACCGCCUCUCCCGCCUCGCAACUCAGCAGCGCCCGUCGCGUCGUCGGAACCGGCUGUACAGGGCUUGAAGGAGGAUGAGGCGGACGAGGCAGGAUGGGGCCUCGACAAUGAGGUGGUGGUCGAAGAGGGUCAGUCUUAG